CCCGCAUCAAAAGUCUAUACCCAGGAGCUCCGAAACCAAAUAGAGGUGGCGCGUCUCUGGGACAGCGCGGUGCGAAAUUGAUCCGACCGCGACGCUGCCACUGCUGCCCCUGGGACGCCCCGGAGAGGACGCCCGAGGGCGAGCGCUCGGCCCCCCGUGACCGCCGACGCCGAGCCCCGGAGUGCAGCGCCGGACCCUCGACCGGCGCCGACAGCCUCUCGACGCUAAUUACCAGCCUCCAAGGACAUUUGAAUGUGGCACGCGCGAAAAAUUUGAUCGGCCCCCAGUGAACUGUUGAGACAGCGGCGCGAGCGCGCGCCUGGCGGCGCCGGCCCGGACGGCAUGAUGUUCGGGCUGCAGGAAAGCAGCCUGCACCAGUCGCGCGCGGCCGUGACCGGGCUGAAGGAAGAGCCGCUCACCUCGCGCGCCUGGAUCCAGCCGGCCAUCUCGGUGGAGCAAUCGCACAGUGUGGGCCUCGGUCGGGUCCACUUCGAGAAGCAGCCACCGUCGAACCUGCGCAAGAGCAACUUCUUCCACUUCGUGAUCGCGCUCUACGACCGGAUCGGCCAGCCCGUGGAGGUGGAGCGCACCGCCUUCGCUGGGUUCGUCGAGAAGGACGAGGAACCGGAGGGGCAAAAAACCAACAACGGAAUACAUUACCGAUUGCAGCUGCUCUUCGCCAAUGGCGCUCGCCAGGAACAAGAUAUUUUCGUUCGUCUCAUCGAUUCCGUCACAAAACAAGCAAUCAUCUAUGAAGGCCAGGACAAGAACCCGGAAAUGUGCCGGGUGCUCCUCACGCACGAGGUCAUGUGCAGCCGGUGCUGCGACAAAAAGAGCUGCGGAAACCGGAACGAGACGCCGUCGGAUCCGGUCAUCAUCGACAGGUUCUUCCUCAAGUUCUUCUUGAAGUGUAACCAAAACUGCCUAAAAAAUGCAGGGAACCCAAGAGACAUGAGGAGGUUCCAGGUGGUGAUCGGGCCGACGGUAGACGUGUCCGGCCCCCUGCUAGCCGUCUCCGACAACAUGUUCGUGCACAACAACAGCAAGCACGGUCGCAGGGCCAAGCGACUCGACCCCACCGACGGUUUUCUGUCUCCGCCGGCGACGCCGUGCAUAAAAGCUAUCAGUCCCAGCGAGGGCUGGACGACAGGCGGCUCAACGGUGAUCAUCAUCGGCGACAACUUCUUUGACGGCCUCCAGAUUGUCUUCGGCACGAUGCUCGUCUGGAGCGAGCUCAUCACGUCGCACGCCAUCCGGGUGCAGACGCCUCCGCGUCACAUCCCUGGAGUCGUCGAGGUCACGCUCAGCUACAAAUCAAAACAGUUCUGCCGCGGCGCGCCCGGCCGCUUCGUCUACGUCUCGCUGACGGAGCCGACCAUCGACUACGGCUUCCAGCGGCUGCAGAAGCUGGUACCGCGCCACCCGGGCGACCCGGAGCGGCUCCCCAAGGAGAUCAUCCUAAAGCGAGCCGCCGACCUGGCCGAGGCGCUCUACAGCAUGCCGCGGAACAACCAGCUAUCGCUGCCGGCUCCCCGCUCGCCAGCCAUGAACCAGGCGUCUCCCAUGUCCGGCUUCAACACGUACGCCGGCCAGCUGGCUGUCAGCGUGCAGGCGGACGCCGCCAACGGACAGUGGUCAGAAGGUGGUGGGUUCGCAGACGAGUACGGCCGAGGUCAGAGCAGCAGCGCUUCGCCCCGCGGAUACUCGAGCACGCCGACGCCCAACGCCAACUCGCACGCCUCCUACAUGAACGGCUACGGCUCGGCAGCGGCGCAGUUCUCAAACAUGGGCAUGGGAGGAAUCAUGUCAUCGCCGUUCGCUACCAUGAACGCAUUUGCACUGUCUGCUGCCGGCGGCGGACAGCCAUAUGCAUCGCUGACGUCAAAAUGAUACUAGAGACAUCUAUGUGUGGUAAUAUGAACUAUUGACACUACACCAAAACACCGCCGGGGACUGCGACGGGACACAGGUGUGCAGCAUGCGUGGAAGGAGAAUGGCGGACGGCGCGGCGGAAGUGGGCGGCGGAUUUUGAGCUUUAGUAUGUUUCCUAUUUCUUGUCAGUGAUAUUAAUUCGCUACGAUGUGCUGAUGAAUACGUGACAAGACAGCCGUUGGCGUUCUCUGGCUUCCGUCAGCCUUCAGUACCACAUUUCGGUCGUCGAUAUUUUGUGAUGUUCGUUUACUGUUUGUCACUACCAUUGGACCGUGCCGGCACGUGGUGCCGCAUGGCUUGAACGCGAUAUUAUUAGAUAUUUUGGCAGGAGCUCGCCGCCAGAUCAGUCAGGACUGGUGCAAACAUAUCAUACUCAAUCAACGAGCUGUGCCUGAGAGGCACUCUCGCACGGACAUACAGGAAACGGAACAUGUGCCAUACUAUGUCAGUUAUAAUCUAGUCACUCUACUUGUGCUUCUUGUCAGCUGCCUGAGUUGUAUGUCUGACUUCUUGAAUGUCGUAACGUAGGCGGUGGUCAGCGGUCUCGUGACCACCGCGAAUCAUCAACAUUGCUCCGUUUCAUAUAUGCGUGUGUUGUACGGUGUACAUAUAUACGUGCAAUAUCAGAA